UAAAGCUUAAAUAUCGCGAGUUAUCUCCAAAAACUUUUUAUUGCCACGCUCUUAACGGAGCUUCAACAUAGUUUUACUCUAAAUUUUUAAUCUUUAAAUUCAGCGAGAAUGAGCAGCAAUUCAUAUUUGGUAGUCGGGUUACUAGAGAAGAUGGACUCUAGCGAUACCGAUUUUCGGUACAUGGCUACUAAUGAUUUAAUGAAUGAGCUCCAGAAGGAUGGGUUUACUUUAGAAGAAUCCACUGAAAAGAGAGUAGUUCAAAAAGUAAUAAAAUUAAUGGAUGAUGCUAAUGGAGAAGUGCAGAAUUUGGCAGUUAAAUGUCUCGCUCCACUUGUUAAAAAAGUUCGUGAGCCACAACUACAAGAAAUCGUUGAACAGCUCUGUAGCUAUACGACACAACCAGGAAAAGAAGAAUUGCGAGAUAUCGCGGGCAUUGGUUUAAAGACUGUCAUUGUUGAAAUACCAAGCAAUUCCCCUAGUGCUAGCAAUGUUGUUGUACGAUUAAUUCCAAGGCUCCUCACACAACUUGAAGAUCCUAAUGCCACAUAUGAAGUAAAAAUGGAUACACUUGAUAUUUUAAGUGAACUCCUUGCUCGGUUUGGACAUUCUGUUGCCAAUAAUCCGCAAGUUCAAAAGAGAAUCCAAAAUGUUUUAAUACCUCUUUUGAGUCAUUCAAGACCAGCAUUUAGAAAGAGGACCACAAUUGCUCUUGGUAAUCUCGUGACUCAUACUCCCGACGAUUUAUUCAAUGAAUUGGUACAGCAAUUACUGGUAGAAUUUAGUAGAGCCGGUGAUCAACAUGAUAAAUUGAAAACAUUAGUUCAAUGCGUUGGGACAUUAAGUCGAUCAAGUGCUCCAAGAUUAGGGAAACACUUGCCUCAAUUCUUACCAUUAGUAAUUAAAAAUGUCGAUGCUUGCGACGAUGAUGAAUUACGUGAAAAUUGUUUACAGGCACUAGAAUCAUUCGUGCUACGUUGUCCCACAGAAAUCACGCCCAAUAUUAAUACUAUAAUUGAGCUUUGUUUAGUUUAUUUGAAAUAUGAUCCUAAUUAUAAUAAUGAUGCAGAAGAGGAUGACGAAGAAAUGGACGAAGAUGAAGAAAUGGCGACAGAAGACGAAGAUGAAGAUGAAGAUGAUGAGGGAGAUUAUUCCGAUGAUGAUGAUAUCUCUUGGAAAGUACGUCGUUCUUCUUCAAAAGUACUUGCAGCCAUUAUUGGCACUCGACAUGAACUUCUUUCUCAAUUAUACCAAAGUGUUGCCCCAGCUUUGGUAAAUCGCUUUAAGGAACGGGAAGAAUCUGUGCGCGUUGAUGUGCUCCAAACAUUUAUUGCAUUGCUUAGACAAACAUUUGUAUAUGGUGGAGAAGGUUAUGCUCCAAGAGAUGAUGACCAUGAACCUAAACGUAGAAGGGCAAUUGGUCCUAGCGAAUCUCAAGAAAGCCCCAAACAAAUGCUUCGAAACUUGGUGCCUAAACUUAGCCGAAACCUUUCGAAGCAAUUACUUUCAAAGUCAAUUGUCACUAAACAAACUGGAUUUGUGCUUUUGAGGGAGUUGGUUACAGUGUUGAAUGGAGGUCUUGAUAAUAAUCUUAAUACUUUCAUUCCGGCCAUUGAAAAUUCUUUAUCUACUUCUUCAGAUCAUUCGAACCAUCAUUCUAGUACAAAUUCUAAUUUGAAGAUUGAAACUUUGAGUUUUCUCCGGCAGUUGUUUAAAGUUCAUCCACCGCAAGUCUUCCAUAAUCAUCUUGCUAGACUGUGCCCUCCAAUAAUCUCCUCUGUUGAAGAUAAAUUUUAUAAGAUCACAUCCGAGGCUUUCUUAGUUUGCAUUGAAUUGGUUAAAGUUAUUCGUCCUAUUGAAUAUAAUGCGCAAACUAAGACAUAUAAUAUACAGCCGUUAAAUCCUUCUUUCAGAUCAUAUAUUUUGAACAUUUAUAAUGUCACUAUUGCACGUCUUUCAACAACUGAUGCUGAUCAAGAAGUUAAAGAAAGAUCCAUUAUGUGUUUGGGCGUACUUAUAUCCCAGUGUGGUGACAAUUUGAAAGAGGAACUUAAAGUUUGCAUGCCAAUGCUUUUGGAUCGUUUGAGAAAUGAAGUUACACGUUUAACGACUGUAAAAGUUUUUACAAGCAUUGCUGAUAGUACAGUAUGUGCCAGCGAAGAAGUAAAGCAAGCUGUGAUUGGAGCUAUCAACGAAGUUGCAGUGUUACUUAGGAAGAGUCAUCGUCAAUUAAAAGUCGCCAGUUUAGUAUGUUUGGAAGUUUUUGUUCGAAGAUAUGGCAAUUUCUUAGUUCCCGCAUGUUAUUCGCGUGUACUCGAAGAGCUGACACCCCAUAUUUCAGAUCAAGAUCUUCAUUUAUUACCAUUAGCUCUAAAUACUGUAGUAUCUGUUUUGAGUACUAAUCCACAAUCACUUGGAGCAGUACACAAAGAUAUAUUACCUUCUGUUUUCAAUCUUGUGCAAUCAACUCUUGUUCAAGGAGCUGCUUUAGAUAGUUUGUUGGUUCUAUUUGAAACAUUGAUAGUAACAAAUGAAGCUGAUUUUAAUAAAUUACUACAAGGAUUGCUUCAACCUGCUUUGACUUCGGAUCAAGGUCAAUUGACCCUUUCAAAACAGGCUUUUUCAACAAUUGCACAGUGUAUUGCUGUACUUUGUGUAUCAUCUCAGAAAAAUUGUUCUCCUACUGUUGUUGACUUUUCAAAGAAAAUAGCGGACCCAAAACAAAGCGAUUCCGUAAAGUAUUUAUCUUUAUUAGCCCUAGGCGAAAUUGGACGUAAAGUGGAUUUAAGCAAGCAUUCCAACUUGCAUGUUAUUAUUUUGUCUCUGUUUUCAGCAAUUUCUGAGGACAUAAAAUCGGCGGCUGCAUUUGCACUUGGUAAUGUAAGUGCUGGUAACGUUGGCAAGUAUUUGCCAAUUGUUAUCAAUGAGAUCAGGGAGGAUCCGAAGAAACGAUAUUUAUUAUUACAUGGGCUUAAAGAGAUUAUUUCUCGUUAUUCAAAUGAAGAAGGUGUCAAAGCACUUGGUCCUUUUGCCGAUGACAUCUGGAAUAUUUUGUUUGAUAGCGGCGAAAAUAUUGAGGAAGGAACUCGAAGUGUUGUUGCUGAAUGUCUUGGCAAAUUAACAUUGGCAAAUCCCAAUAAGUUUUUGCCAGAACUUCAAAAACGUCUUCGAUCUACGUCUGCUCAAACUCGUGGGACAGUCGUUACAGCUAUCAAAUUUACAUUUAUAAAUCAAGGACAGGCAUAUGAUGAGUUAUUACGACCUUUAAUUGUUGAUUUCUUGUCAUUAAUACAGGAUAAUGAUUUGAAUGUACGAAGGCUUUCGUUGUCAACAUUAAACUCAGCUGCUCAUAACAAACCAUAUUUGAUUCGUGAUGUCUUGGAUCAAUUAUUGCCUUUAUUAUAUGAAGAAACCCUUAUCAAGGAACAUCUUAUUCAUAUGGUUGAAAUGGGUCCAUUUAAACACAAAGUAGAUGAUGGUCUUGAUAUCCGAAAGUCCGCAUAUGAAUGUAUGUAUACUUUACUUGAAACGUGUCUCGAUAAGCUUGAAAUAUAUAGCUUCCUCACACGUGUUAUCGACGGAUUAUCGGACCAGCAUGAUAUUGCUAUUCUUUCACAUACAAUGUUAAUUCGAUUAGCACGGGUUGCGCCAACAGCUGUUACACAAAGACUUGAUGAAGCGGUUGAACCACUCAAGGGGACUCUUACAUAUAGAAUGAAGGAUAAUGCCGUUAAAUCGGAAAUUGAUAAAAACAAUGAAUUAUGCCGUUCUGCCGUAAGAGUUGUAGUAACUCUGGCUAAAUUGGCUGAACAUGGUGGAAGCACACCCAAAUUCGAUGCUUUUGUUAGAGAUACUAAAGUCGGACAGUGGAGUGAACAAUAUAAUAUCUAUCAAGCUGAAUUGGAAAAUAAGGAAUUUGGUGUAGGACACGGAGAUACCAUGGAUCUCUCAUAAGUACUUAUUUCGAAGAAUAUUAAUAAAAUUUUGAUAAUAAGAUGGAGAAACUAGAAAAUUAUAAUAUAUCAUUUAGUUUUAAAAAAUGAACAAUUUGAAUAUUUGUAUUUAUUACUGAAUAAAUAUAAAGCUAAAUGAAUAUAUUAUAUUUAUAAAAAAUUAAUCCAGGUAUUUAAAAAAAAAAACUAUUAGUUGAGAUAAAUAAAUUUGU